AUGUUCGACAAAAAGCCUAUUGUAGUAAAGCCUUGGGAACCAAAUGUGGAUGAUAGUAAGGAAAAUAUGGACAGAAUUCCAGUGUGGAUAAGGUUGAAGGGUUUGGACAUCAAGUACUUGGGUAACAAUGCCCUAACUAAAAUAUCAGGACUGGUUGGGAAGCCAUUAAAAGCUGACAGAGCUACCACAAAUAAGGAGAGAUUAGCAUUUGCUAGGGUGCUUGUUGAAGUGUCAAUAAAUCAGCAAUAUCCUAAGCAAGUAAUGUUUGAGAACGAAGUGGGAAAAAUAGUGAAACAAGAGGGGGAGAAAGCAAUAGAAGGUCCAAUUCAGAAUAAGGAGAAUAAAAAGGGUGAAAACAAAGUCAGUGAGAAAGGGUUAGAGAAACAACUGAAUAAUCCUGCGACUAUAACAACAAGAAAUGCACUUGAGGUACUUAACAAAGGAGGAGGUAUAGAGGAGUUGAGGCUAAAUAAAGCUAGUUUUUCCUGCCCAGAGGGAGAGAUAGUGGAGAUGGGUCUAGGACGUGGAAGGGGAGGGGGUACACCCUGCCUAAUGGAUAAGAUAGGAUUCUGGAAUGUAAGGGGACUAAACAGGCUAGAUAAACAGAGAGAAAUACACCUGUUUAUGCAUAAUAGUGGAGCUAGCUUGUUUGGUCUCCUGGAAACAAAGAUUAAGAGAUCAAAAGCUCACAGAGCUUCUCUUAAUCUUUGUGAGGGGUGGUCAUUUACAAAAAAAUUAGCACAUCAUCCUAAGGGAAGAAUUUGGUUACUAUGGAAACCAGUGAUUUUUGACGUGGAUAGAUUAAGAACUACUGAUCAGCUAAUUCAUAGUGCAGUUAAACAUAAAGGAACAAGGGUGACAAUCAAUGUAACCAUGAUAUAUGCAUACAAUGAUAUAACUCCAAGGAAAAAUCUAUGGAAGGAGAUAGAAGAUAUAUACAGGCAUACUCAAGGACCAUGGGCAGUGAUGGGGGACUUCAAUAAUGUGUUGAAUAAAGAUGAAAAAAUAGGCAGUACUGUAACAAUGGCUGAAACAACAGAAUUCAGGCAAUGUGUGAAUAUAUGUAGCCUGCAAGAGCUCAAGUCUACUGGUGCUUUCUAUACAUGGAAUAAUAAACAGAGUGGUGAAGAUAGGUAA